CAUCUAGACUCCGGCUCGCGUAGGUUUUGUACCAGUGCGUGUACGUGACGAAAAUUAAACGGGAAUUAAAGAAAAAUUUAUGAGACUAAUAAAUAUGACAAUAAUCACUGCUGUUUUCGUCCCGUGGACCGUAUGGAUCUUCGUUACAUUGGUGCACUCAUCCGAAGGGCGACAAGCGAGGAAUCUAUUACUGGGACAGACAUCGGGUCAUCAUCACGACUCCGAAUUGCCCCGAUUCGCCGAGGAAAUCCAAAACGUGACAGUAAGCGUGGGACGUGAUGCCCUGUUGGCGUGCGUGGUGGAUAACCUACGACAUUAUAAGGUGGCAUGGGUGCGCGUCGACACGCAAACUAUAUUGUCGAUUCAUCAGAAUGUAAUUACUCAGAAUCCCCGAAUCACAUUAUCGUACAAUGAUCAUCGCUCGUGGUAUCUUCAUAUAAAAGAAGUUCAAGAAGUUGAUCGCGGAUGGUACAUGUGCCAGGUGAAUACGGAUCCAAUGAAGAGUCGUCAGGGUUACGUACAAGUUGUAGUACCACCAUCAAUUAUUACCAAAGAAACUAGCACCGACAUGGUGGUCCGCGAAGCUUCUAAUGUGACGUUGACGUGCAAAGCGACCGGAUAUCCGGAGCCUUACGUCAUGUGGCGACGGGAGGAUGGCCAGAACAUAAAUUAUAAUGGCGAGAGUGUGAAUGUCGUGGAUGGCGAAGUGCUGCAUAUCGUGAAGAUAAGCCGUCUUCACAUGGGGGCUUAUUUAUGCAUAGCUUCAAACGGCGUUCCGCCAUCGGUGAGCAAGCGCGUCUCGCUACGUGUGCAAUUUCCACCCAUGCUGUCUAUUCCAAAUCAGUUGGAAGGAGCGUAUAUUGGGCAAGACGUUGUUCUUGAGUGUCACACGGAAGCUUAUCCGAACUCGAUAAAUUAUUGGACAACCGAACGCGGCGACAUGAUAGUCUCUGGCAAUUCUGUUUCAGGCGACAAGUACGAGGCGGUAGCCACCGACAGUGGUUACAACAGGUACAUGAUACUAAAGAUAAGGAACGUCGGACCGAGAGAUUUUGGUUCGUAUAAAUGCAUCGCACAAAAUUCACUUGGCGGGACAGAUGGUGUCAUCAAGUUAGACGAAAUCCCAGCUCCGUCGACAACAACGACGACACAGCAGCCGUAUGACGUAACAUCAGCGCACAAGAAUGGUAGAAACAGUAACAAGAAAUCACUACAUCCUAACGACUACGAGGUCGAGGAAUGGCGAAAUCCAGACCACAGUAGGGAUCUGUUUCCAGAUUACGGCCCGGCGUCGAUGAGGCCACCGGGUGAGCUGCCGGACGUUCAUAGCCCGGGCGUGUCCCAUCAUGUGCCGCUCGUCCUUCUACUCUCUUCGAGCCUCCUGUCAUUGCUGAUACCGGUUAUCCGAAGGUGAUUCUUACGUCGCAGGAACGGGGCUUCCAGUUCUAGUGUUUAUUGGUGGGCAACCAGGCCGGAGACAGCCGGUGCGCGCGCGGUUACUGGUUUUCAGUGUGCCGUCUCCGGACAAGUGACGGACGAGUGCGACGAAACGGGCCGCGCUUAAAAUUAUUUUCGUACUAAAAGUAAACUUAUACAGAGAGAAAAAAGCGCAGAGAAGAUAUAUAUAAUAUAUAUAUAUAUAUAAAUAUAUGAAUAUAUAUAUAAAAUAUGUCGUGUAAGUAUAUAUGCGGUGAGUACGAAGUUACGUAUAGGCUUUCUCGACUGAUCGGCGCUUGUGUGAAAAUAGCGCGUCUCGGUUCCUCUAUGUACGGACAAGCUUCUCGUGUUUUGCGACCGAUUGGACGCAUCUCGCUCUUGAACGAAAACGUCAAGGAGGAACGCGCUGCGGCGCGUACAUUGAGAGAGAACCGUCAUCCGCGAUGUCCUUUUACCGGGUGAUCCCGCUUUGAAUAGCUUUGGAGAUUGGGAAUACACUUAGUCCGCGAGGAAACCGAUGGAAAUUCGGGACAUCUUGAUGAUUCCCCCAUCCGGCGCGCUCGUGUCCGCCUCUUCUUUUCUACCUUUCGAAGCGGAAUAUUAGAUUAAUAAAACUUGAUAAUUCGGACACAAUCUAAAUUUAUUCAAAUUCAUUCUGGUACAUGACCCCCGUUAUGUCUCCCUCUACGUGCAACACCCAAAAAUAUCUCACGAUUGACCGCAUAUAUUAGUGUAACGUUCUCCGAACCCCGCACGACCAUUCGCCAACUAUUGCUCCCGUUAUAUUUGCAACUCAUAUUCAUCGGAUACGUGAAGUGAAACGUCAUGUACAUUUGCUGUAAUUUGCUGAAUCGUUCAGUAACCAUUAGGCGCUGAUUAAUAGUUUCCUUUAAAAAAAAAAAAAUCGAGCGAAAUUGACACACUUUCUCAUCGACACUUUUAUGUUACGCGUUUUCGCCAUAUCACGAGAAAGACGAGGGAACUGUAUUCAGUAAAUAUACAUAUACGUAUACAUAAACGGUAAAAAACAAAUAUAAAUAUAUAUAUAGAUAUAUAUACACAUACGUACGGAUCGUAGUUGUGUCGAGACACAUCGCUCGAUAAUCUCGUAAUUAGCUGUUCGACUGAUAAGGAGUGCAAGUAUAAUUCGAUGCGUGCAUGAUCCUACAUGCGUUUCGCGUGGUGCGACUGCUAACGGAAUUCGAAAGUCUGUAAGUUCGCGCCCGAGUAUGUGUGUCCUGGGGAAAGAAUUAACGCUAGACAUCAAGUAGCCUCGAAUCAUCGACGACGGUGACGCAGAGAGCUUCGUGGCUUCUUUUUGCGCGAUUAUGACAUUUCGAUAGAGCAAAGUACGGUAUUUCCAUCGCGAUUGCGCGACCAAAUAAGGUUUAUCAGAAACGGUAAGAAUCCAGAAAGGUUCGACGCGUACUCUUACGAUUAAUGUUGAAUGUAGGGCAUUCAUGUAUAAAUAUCUCUUUCUCGUUUUCGAAUCGCUGUUCUCAGAAAAUUGAUUGGCAUCUCCAAAAGCGGAUUCUCAUAUUCGCGCAAAUUCCUAUUUUUCACUUCUUAUUUUGUCCAUCGCGUGACGCGAAUGUACGGCUAUUACGGGCAUACAUACGUAGGGAAAUGCUCUGCGACGCUUCAACCACUUUGAAUCUCCUCUUACGUUGUACCUGAUCAUAUCAUGAAUUGCCACCAUGCCGUUCGAUCUCAGGCGAAACGGAUGUGACAUGUUAUGCGCCUUUCCCUGUUAAUUCUGUAAAUAUUGUAGAUACGUUGUGCUGUGAUCAGUCUGGAUCGUCGUCUUUGAAAGGAUGACUCGAGGCUGCGCUUGUUAAACCGAGUGUAGAAGGCGAGUGUUGUGAAUAUUAUAUACUGUUUGAGAUGAUACGGCGGUAUUCGUAACGAUAACGUCGUUCAGUAGAAUACCAAUGAGGCUGCAGCGAUCGUAGCUAUAUCUCAAAUUAAGUUAUGAUAAUGUUAUUAAUGUAUCAUGUCCGACGAUUUCACUAUGUCAAACCAUUUUUAUGUACCGGUGCAUCAUCCCAGAUGAGCCGCGAACCGAUGAUUAGAUAUAGAUAGUGGAACUGUCGGCCUGUAUAUCUUAAUAAAUCGAGUACAUGACUGCCAUUA